UUUAGGAAAAACCCUAAACCCUAACGCCAGCCUUCACCCCUUUCACUCACCAGUCACCACCACCAUCUCCUCCUCCUCCCGCAUUCUGCUGCCGCCUGAUUUCCCGGGAGGCUUGUACCCAACCGCUCUCGACGUGAUGGCUGGAACAACAAUUUCAUCUCAGCUCAACGCUAUCAAAACUGUGCUGAACGUCUCCACCGAUCCCGAACCCGGCAAAAAGCGGCCGCUAACUCGUCCCUCAAUUCUAUUUGAUGCCAAAGCAGCUGCCGAUGUCGACCUCGACACAAUUUACGGCAUCGCCCUUUCUGGUUUGGAGGUUUUAAUUAGUAUGGAGGAGCGGUUUAGGAACUACAAGAAUGAUUUGUUCAGUCUCAAUAGCAAGGAGCUGGACAGGGAGCUGCUUGGCCAGGAAGAAAACAAGCGAAUCAGUGCAUCCAUAGCCUCGUAUUUGAGAUUGUUAUCGGGAUUCCUUGAGUUACAUUCUGCGUUGAAGACACUUGAGUAUUUGAUCCGUAGAUACAAGGUUCAUGUGUACAAUUCAGAAGACCUGAUUUUAUGCGCGCUGCCGUACCAUGACACACAUGUAUUUGUUCAAAUAGUUCAGUUAAUUGAUGCAGGGAACAGUAAGUGGAAGUUUCUUGAUGGAGUUAAAGAAUCAGGUGCACGGCCACCAAGAGAAGUAAUUGUGCAACAGUGCAUUCGAGAUAUGGGGGUAUUGGAGGCUAUCUGUAAUUAUGCUACACCAGCUAAAAAGAUCCAAACGUCGCAACAUGUCACUGGCUUCUGUACGGCGGUUAUUUUUGAGGUCUUAGGGAUUGUUACUAUUGAUAAUGAUAUUGUUAAGAGGAUUCUUCCAUAUGUGAGUUUUGGGCUGCAACUUGGGGCAAAGGGGCUGAAUCAGAAGGCUUCAGCUCUAAUGAUUGUGAGUUUACUAGCCCAAAAGGCAGCUUUGGCACCCAAUGUUGCAAAAAGCUUGUUGAAUUCUGUGGCAGACAUGGCUAGAACAGAUGCCAAGGAAGGACGCGACAUGCGGUGGCUGCGCAUGUCAGUAAUGACCAUAGUCUCAAUAGUUCAGCUUCAGUGCAUGGAGUCAAUUCCCAAGAAGACUCUAGAUGCCAUGAAUGAAAUCAGGGAUAUUUCAGGGAUCCUUUCAGGAUUGGCGAAGGACUUCAAUAUUGAUAAAUUCUUAGUUGUUCUUUUGGAAUCUUUGCUUGAGUACAGUGUGUCAGAUGAUGCGUGUCAUCAUAAUUCUUUAUCAAUGGUAAAGACUGUUCCUAUGAAAGCCUUUGUCAGUCGGAUAGUCUCUAAACUACUAGCUACACAUAUGAAGUUAUCUCAAGGCUCACAGAACAAACAGAUUUUGGUUUCUAUUUGUGAGAAGUAUCCCAAUGAAUCACGGGAAGUCUUCUAUAGUUUCUUGAAGGAUGCCAAGAUUCAGUCCAAGAAAAUCCAACCAAGCUAUGAUUUACUCUGCAAGAUAUUAGAUGAGCAUUUGGAUGCUUCACGAGAAAUACCCGAUCCAAAAUCUUUUUUUGCUUUGGAACAUUCUGAGGCUGAUGUUCGAAAGUCAGCAGUCUUGAGCUUGGAUGUAGCCAACAUUCUGGAGGAGAAAGUUGCUGGAUCGAAGAAAUUUUAUGCCAUUCAAGAUGCACUUCUUCGCCGGCUUCAUGAUGAUGAUCUAAAUGUUGUACUGGCAGUUCUGAAUUUGAAAAAUGUGGCUGCAAUAUUAAGCUCACCACUUCUUACUGAAGCGUUACAGAACGUGCUUCAGCGAUGCAUUCAGAUAUUGCUGUCAAGUUCAUCAUCAGCCUCUUCUCUACCUAAGGAUGUUGCUUUAUUGUGCACUCAACAAGUUAUCACAACUUUCAAAGAUCAGGAACAAUAUGCAGCAACAUUCGCAAAAAUGAUCUUCCCCUUGUUAUUAGUUCGACCGAAGACUCGGAGGGUGAACUUGAAGGCAUUAGAAUUGGCUAAAGAACUGAAAUGUCCAUUCUAUGAAAACUUAGUGCUUCUUCCAGUGCCAGAGAAGAAAUUGGAUCCUGGGCAAAUAUCUUUGGUUAAUACUGAGAUUAUCAGUAAGCUGGCAAAGACGUUCUCACUAAGACCUGAGGAGUACAUGCCGUGGCUUGUAACAUGCUGCAACUCUCACGAGGUCUCGAAGACAUUAUUCUUUUUGAUUUUGUUGCAGUCACUGAGGAUGCUUAAUAUGGAUGUUGGCCAAUUUUUUGCAUUUUUUGAUUGUUGCUUCCCAAUUCUAAAGAGUGAGUGGGAAAUGUUAGAGUCCCUGGGCAUAUCUACAGAGCAGUCCAAGAAAAGAAAUGUAGAUGGUGACUGGAAAGGAAUUCUUGAAGAUCUUGACACUGACAUCAACAAUCUCCAUGCUGAGAUUCUGGCCUGCUUGUUUUUGAGUCUCUCAGAAGUUUUUGCUGCAACAGCACCUAAUGGUGUAACCUUGGAUAUGAAGGAGAAGUGGGUAUCCAUACUUGAGGUUCUAUUCGUAUUCUAUGCGUGUCACUCUAAAGGCCUAUCUGGAGGUGCUUAUAAGAAGCAUCUGGAAUACCUAUCCACAAACUGCAAGAUGCCUUUGAUGGAAAUAACGUUGAAACUGUUCUUGGAAGAAGGAAUUCCAGCUGCUGCUCAAAUACAGAGUCUUCAUUCUUUCUCACAUAUCUGUUCUCAGUUAGAUGAGACUGUGGCCCGUCAACUUCUUCCACAGUUACCUUCACUUCUUGUCCCACUAUCUAGUGACAACCAGCAUGUGAGGCAGGGUGCCAUUAGCUGCAUCAAAAAGCUAAAUUUGUUUUUGUCCCACAUUAAUAAGAAUGGAAAUGAUGUAGCCUCACUGCAUUUUCUUGGAGAUCUGUUGUGCUUAAUUAUUCAACAAGAGAAGAUGAUAUUAUCGGACAAAAAUUUUCUUUCCUCGUUCUUCACAUCACUCCUGUGUUCAUCAUCUGAAAGCCUUUUGGUGCAUUCUGCUAUUGGAACGAGGUUUGAUGAGUCCACCAGAGAUAACAUUCUCGAAUAUCUGCUUGGCCAUGCUCUUGGACUUCCUUCCUAUGCCAAGCUGAAGAUUCUUAGUCUGGUCAAAGGUGCUGGAAGUAAGCUCUUAUGUGUUUCUGGUGUGAGAUCAUUAUUGAAUGAUCUUUUGGAAAGUCGGUGUUCAUAUUACUUGGGAGGUGUCAAAUCUUGUAAUAAGUUGCCCCAAAGUGAAGUUGACAUAUUGUGCCUUCUGCUGGAGUGUUGUACCAUGGCAAAUUCGUCUCAUGAAGCACAAGACUUAGGGGAUUGCAUAUUGAAGGCUUUAUGGGUUAAUGAUUCCGAAGACUUGGCAGUAAUAGAGCCAUGCAUGACAAUUUUGAGAAAUCUUAGUAGUUCUCUUUAUGGAGAUUUGAAGACUGAAACUCAGGAGCUUAUCUUCCGAAACCUAUUGGUUUUGUUUAGGAGUGCAAAUGGCAUUAUACAGAAUUCUACGAGAGAUGCGUUGUUGAAAAUUAAAAUAAAUUCCUCAGUUGUUGUAUGGACUCUUGAUUCGAUUAUGGGACAGAAAAAUAUUCCAGCGACUCCACAACAAGGGAAGAAGCAAAAGAAAUCUUCCAAAUAUCAUGAUCCUGGUUCUUAUUCUGGAAUACUUGACAGAGAAAAAACCCAAUCUCUCUUGAGUGCUCUUCUUGAAGUAAUUUUGAUAAAGAAAAACAUAGUUAAGAGAACUUCACUUGUCGGCCCCCUAUUUAAGAUCCUCCACCUAAUAUUUGUGAAUGAUGGGUGGAUUUCUGAAGUCACUGAGCAUAAUAAAGGGCUUAUAGCUGCGCCAUCUGGUGUUGCUUCUGAGACAAAAGCCUUCAUUCAGCAGACUUUGCUACUCACUUUGGAAGAUAUCUGUGCUUCAAUGGGAAAUGAAAUUCAGCAAAAGGACAUCACUCGUAUUUUUGACCUUCAACUGUUAGUAAGCUGUGCUCGGUCAUCAAGUGAUGCUGUUACUCGGAAUCAUGCAUUCUCGUUGAUUACCACCCUUGUAAAGAUUAUACCUGACAAAGUCUUGGAUCAAAUCCUGGAUAUUCUUGCUGCUGUUGGCGAUUCUACUAUAACACAGUGGGACAAAUAUUCUCAACGUGUGUUUGAAGGGCUUAUAUCAGCCAUUUUACCUUGCUGGUUAUCCAAGACUAACAACACAGACCAGUUGCUUCAGGUUUUUGUGGAUGUUUUGCCGCAAGUUGCACAACAUAGGAGACUUCCCAUCAUUGCACAUAUAUUAAGAACUCUUGGAGAGGCUGAAACUCUGGGUUCACUGCUCUUUCUCCUCUUCCAAUCAUUGAUCUCUAGAAAUAACGACCUUAAUUUCCAUGAUCAAGGGCGAUCUUUAGAACACUUGACUUUUGCAAUCAAUAAGCUAUGGGAGUACGAAUUUGCUGUGACACUCUGUGAGCAGUAUUCUUGCACAACCUGGCUUCCUUCUCUCGUCUUAGCACUUAAGAAAAUUGGAAAUAAUUCCUUAAAUGAAGACACAUCUAUACAAUUGCUGGUGGCAAUGCACUUUGUUGCUAACAAGUUGCGAGAUCCUGAAAAUUACUACAAGCUUGAGUUGGAAGAAACUUCAAAUGGGAUUCAGACAAUGACUGGUGAUCUUAUGGAGCAAGUUGUGUAUCAUCUUCACCUGGUUGACUCUAAAAAGAAGCAUGUUGGUGUUCCAGCUUUCAUCAAGAGUGAGCUGAAGGAGUUCAUUCGUGGUGUCUUGAAAACUCUUAUAAGGGGCCUUUUGCCAUCCACCUUCUUCAAAGUCACUAUAACUUUGAUCAGUCAUGUUGAUAAAAAUGUCAGGAAGAAGGCUCUUGGGCUUUUGUGUGAGACCAUGAAGGACUUGGGUACAAACACAAAGAUUGAUAAGAAGAAUUUAGUAUCAAACUUAAGAAGCUCAUGGCUAAAUCUGAACAAAACAUCUGAAGAAUCGUUUGAGAAGUUGUGUUUGGAAAUAUUGACAUUACUCGAUGCCCCUGAUGAUAGCUCUAGUACUUCCCUGAAACUGGCUGCAGUAUCUGCAUUGGAGGCAUUAGCGAACAGGUUCCCUUCACAAGAUAAAGUCCUUAGCAUGUGCUUUGGAUCUGUAUGUAGGGGGACAUGUUCAGACAAUACAAUUUUCUCCAGUCAUUGUCUUCGCGCCACUGGUGCUUUAGUUAAUGCGCUUGGGCCAAGAGCGCUUCCUGAACUUCCUGGUGUUAUGGAUUCCAUACUUGGGAGAUCUCCUGAUGUUUCUUCAGCGGUUGCAGAAAUUCAGAGAACACACAACAGUGCUACAUGGUCUUCAUCAGAGCACUCCCUUUUCAUGUCAGUUCUACUAACCUUGGAGGCAGUCAUCACCAAGCUUGCAGGGUUUCUAAAUCCUUAUCUGGGGGACAUAUUAAAACUAGUUGUAUUGCAUCCUCUGUCCUUUUCCCCUGCUGAUCAAAAGCUGAAGUUGAAAGCUGAUGUUGUGCGCAAGCUCAUCACUGAUAAGAUCCCUGUUCGACUUCUGCUCCCCCCAGUGUUAUCAAUAUACACUGAUGCCUUUAAGUCUGGGGAUUUGAGUUUGCUGAUUGUUUUUGAAAUGCUUGGAAAUUUGGUUGGUUCAAUGGAUAGAUCCUCAGUUGGUGCUUACCAUGCAAAAGUAUUUGACUUAUGCCUGCUAGCUCUUGAUAUACGGCAUCAGAACCCUGCUUCAGUUCACAAUAUUAGUUCUGUUGAGCAAUAUGUCCUCAAUGCUAUUGUUACCCUGACCAUGAAACUCACAGAGACUAUGUUCAGGCCACUUUUUGUCAAGACUAUUGAAUGGUCUGGUAUAAAUUUGGAAGAUGAUGAAGAGCAUCCUGAAAGUGCUAAUGGCCGUGCUAUCUCUUUCUAUAGUUUGGUGAACAAACUUGCUGAAAGCCAUCGGUCACUGUUUGUUCCAUACUUCAAGUAUUUUCUGGAUGGCUGUGUUCGAUUUCUUGUUGAUGCUGAAGUUAUGAACACGGGACUGUCUCAGAAGAAAAAGAAGGCUAAGCUUAAUAAUAAAACAAAGGACAAAGACGGUGAAUUGUCCCCUCCAAUGUGGCAUCUCCGGGCUUUGAUCUUGUCAUCUCUCCAUAAGUGUUUCCUCUAUGAUACUGGAAACUCAAAGUUUCUUGGUUCUUCUAAUUUCCAGGUUCUUUUGAAACCAUUGGUGUCACAGCUUGUAGUAGAACCCCCAGUUGACAUUGGCAGUCAUCCUGAUGUGCCAUCCAUAGAAGAAGUGGAUAAUUUGUUGGUCGCCUGUAUUGGUCAGAUGGCAGUUACUGCUGGUUCAGACCUCCUAUGGAAGCCUCUCAAUCACGAGGUGUUGAUGCAGACUCGCAGUGAAAAGAUACGAGCCCGUAUGUUGGGGUUGAGAAUUAUUAAGCAUUUUGUGGAGAACUUGAAAGAGGAGUUUCUCGUAUUUUUGCCAGAAACUAUUCCCUUCUUUGGUGAGUUGCUUGAAGAUUCAGAGCUACCUGUCAAAUCUCUUGCGCAAGAAAUUCUCAAGGAAAUGGAAUCCAUGAGUGGCGAAAGCCUUCGAGAGUAUCUGUGAUACGUAAAAUAUAUGCUGGUCAUUACAAUCAUCAAGUCACCUAAGUAGAACAUCAAACAAUCUAAGAUCCAUAGCGUGUGAUGAGAAUAGUUCAGCAUCUGUCUAUGCACAUCUUUUAAUUUCCAUGUAUGUUUUAGUGUUGUUCAUAGAAACUUCAAUUGGAGAAUUUCAAGAUGUCCCAUUUUUGUGAAAACCUAGUUUUGUAGUAGUAACAUUCUUCCAACAAUGUUUAAAUUGUUAAAAUUUUGAACUUUUUUUCUAA